AUGGAGGAUACUGCAAAGUUAAUAGUGUAUCGCGACGGUGAGAUAAUACGUAAUACUCAUGAGGGAGUGAAGUUUGUGUGUCAGAAUCCGUUUUCGUUUGUGGUUCCAUGCACCAUGACGUUUAUGGAACUUCAAAACGGUCUCUGUCAAAGCAUGGAGAACGGUACAUUAAUGAGAGUGAGCAGAAUUCUGUACCGGAAUCCGGUUAUAGUUUUUGGUGGUCUAAUACAGUUUGAUACCAUGCCAAUCACUGACGAAGUGACUAUGCGUAAUAUGUUUCAAAUUCACCGGCAGACUCAGAUGCAACAGCCACAGAUUGAGCUGUAUGUUGAGUUUGAAACCGUAGAGGCGGAAGGGAUUCAAAAUGACUUAGAGGUGGUGAAUGAUAGAGCUGCAGUGUACGAGGGAAUGAGUAGUGACAGCGAAGAGGACUUUGAAGCCACUUAUGAAGCCGGUGACGAAGAGCAGGAUGGUGAUGCGGGAGUUGAGACAGCAGCUGAUAAUGUAGUGGUUCACCCAUCGAGCAGUCAACCGAUGAACGUGCUACCUUUUAUGCGUGAGUUGGAUCUCGACACCAUGCAUGCACCGGAGUUUCCGGAAUAUUCAAACAUAGGCGUUGCUGAUCCCGAGGACGGAGAGUUCCGGAUUGGAAUGGAAUACAGUUCUAGAAAGUCGGUCGUGGCAGCAAUUAGAAGUUACACUAUCGCUAGAGGAGUUGACUACGACGUGUAUGAGUCUGAGCGACAGACGUUCUAUGCAAAAUGCAAGAUGUAUGGGCGCGGGUGCGACUGGCUUAUCCGAGCCAGCUUGAUACGAAAAAAAGGUUGUUGGGAGAUACGCAGAUACAACGGUAGGCACACGUGCACAACGAGAGUGAUUUCACAGGAUCAUUCCAAGUUGGACUCGGACACAGUUGCUGAGGCUAUAAAGCCAUUGGUCGAGACUGACCCGUCCAUAAAGGUGAAAACUAUAAUAGCCAAAGUCCAGUCAAGGUUCAACUAUACCAUCAGUUACCGAAAGGCUUGGUUGUUAAAGCAGAAGUCCAUAGCGAAAGUUUUCGGUGAUUGGGAGGAGAGUUACCAAGCCUUGCCGUGGUGGCUCUCGGUUAUGGUUCAGAAGAUGCUUGGGUCAGUUGUCCAGAUAGAAACACGCCCACUCUACAAUGGGAAUGAAGAGGCGCAAGGGGGCAUUCAGGCAUUGCAAGCCCCUAGUUCAGGUGGAAAGUACAAAGGUACACUUCUGGUAGCUGUUGCACAGGAUGGGAACCAAAACAUUGUGCCUAUCGCUUUUGCCUUGGUGGAAGGGGAGACAGCUGAUGCGUGGCACUUCUUUCUAAGGAAUCUGCGAAUGCAUGUUGUCAAAAAAGAUGGUGUGGGUAUGAUCUCGGACCGGCAUGAGUCAAUUCGAGCAACAGUAAAUCAUUCCGGAGGUGACUGGCAACCUCCAAGAGCAUGGUGGAUGUUUUGUAUAAGGCACAUCGGCAGCAACUUUCUACGAGCAUUCAAAGUCCCUCACUUGCAAAAGCUUGUGGUCAAUAUUGGGUAUUCAAGAACGAUGGAGGAGUAUAACAUCAACUAUAAGAGGUUGGAAGAGCGAGGCGAGGCAUAUGCCAGGUGGUGCGAUGCCAUUGGACUUAGACAUUGGGUAUUGGCAUUCGACGAGGGACAUCGAUGGGGCCAUAUGACGACGAACUUUGUCGAGUGCAUUAACUCAGUGUUGAAGGGUGCCCGUAAUCUACCUGUGUUGGCGCUAGUCCGAGCAACGUAUUAUCGGUUAAAUGAACUUUUCACACAGAAGAGUGCUGAGUCUCACGAACGCAAACGUGCUGGAUAUACUUAUUCCGUAUUCGCACAACAGCGGAUAGAGGCAAGUAUGCAACAGGCUGGGAAUAUAGUUGUGCACCGUUUUGACAGACGGAAUGAGGUAUUUGAGGUGCACGAAAUGACUAGCGAAAAGGUAUUAGUCGUUGAUCUUGCACGACGUACGUGUGACUGUGGGCACUUUCAGGUGGAAUGA